ACUUAUUUUUCAGUUGCUUAUUGGCAACCAGCUUCUAGUGACGAGCAACGGUGUUAUCUCUUCUAGUUUUUAUCAAAUACCUUUUGUUAUAAGAAAACUGAACAAACAACCAGAAGAAAGCAGUGAACAUGUCUCUGAAACAAACAGUGUCACUUUUACAUAGCAAAAAUGGAAUUAACGCCGUUGCACAAAGGGCCAGUUCUUGGUGGUCUGGUGUUCAAAUGGGACCCCCUGAUGUUAUCCUAGGAGUAACUGAAGCCUUCAAAAAAGAUAACAACCCAAACAAGAUCAACUUGGGUGUUGGAGCCUACAGAGAUGAUAAUGGAAAACCAUAUGUUUUACCAUCUGUCCGUGCAGCUGAAGAAAAGAUCAAAUCUAAAGGUUUGGACAAGGAAUAUGCCCCAAUUUCUGGUGUACCUGAAUUUUGUAAAAGAAGCAUAGAGCUCGCUCUUGGUGAAAACUCAUCAGUUUUGAAAGAUGGUCUAAAUGCCACUGUACAAGGUAUUUCUGGUACUGGUUCCCUUAGGAUAGGAGGUGCUUAUUUGAACGGCUUUUUCCCUGGAAACAAAGUAAUCUACCUGCCAGCUCCCUCAUGGGGAAACCACAAUCCCAUUUUCAAACACUCAGGGUUAGAAGUUAAAACUUACAGAUAUUAUGAUGCUAAAACCUGUGGAUUGGACUUCAAAGGAACCAUAGAGGAUAUUUCUAAAAUCCCCGAAAAAUCUAUCAUACUUCUCCAUGCUUGUGCACACAACCCAACCGGAGUUGACCCCAACAAAGAACAGUGGAAAGAAUUGUCUGACGUAAUCAGGAAGAGGAAUCUUUUUGUAUAUUUCGACAUGGCAUACCAAGGUUUCGCUACCGGCAGCGUUGACAACGACGCUUUUGCAGUUAGAUAUUUCGUUGAACAAGGUCACAGAGUCGCACUCGCUCAAAGCUUUGCCAAGAACAUGGGUCUCUAUGGUGAAAGAGCCGGAGCUUUCAGCAUUAUCGCCAAUUCCAAAGAAGAAGCUGAUAGAGUUAUGUCUCAAAUUAAAAUCCUUAUCAGACCCAUGUAUUCCAACCCUCCUGUUAAUGGUGCCAGAAUUGUAGCUGAAAUUUUAAGCGACUCUGCAUUGAGAAGCCAGUGGUUGCCCGAAGUAAAAGGAAUGGCCGACAGAAUCAUCUCAGUUCGUAACAAACUCAGGGAAAACUUAAAGAAGGAAGGUUCAAGCAGAAACUGGGAACACAUUACAAACCAAAUAGGAAUGUUCUGUUUCACCGGAAUGGCACCUGAACAGGUUGACAAAUUGGUGAAAGAACACAGCGUAUACCUAACGAGAGACGGACGUAUCUCCAUGGCAGGAGUUACCUCAAAGAACGUCGACUACCUCGCUAGAGCCAUGCAUUUAGCCACAAAAUAAGUUCAUUCAAAAACGAAACGAAGUUUACUUUCGAUAUUAAGUAUUAAAAUCGUAUUGAUUCUGUAUUUUUAUUUUACACGCACUCUACUCAAUUCACGCAUUUAGAUUGUUGUUAUUUUUUUGUCUUGUUCUUAAAUUGUAUAUCG